AUCUGGUCACACUGCGUUUAGGCAUUUCAAUUUUUAAUUCAAUGUUUCAACUAUUAAAAUUAAUUUAAAUGUUGAAAUAAAAAGUUAUUCUCAUGUAUUACAAUUGAAUCUAAGAAUAAGUACCUGUAAUUUCAUACAUAAGUUAACUUAAUCAAUUAAGUAGUUGCUGAAAACUAAGUUACGUCGUGGGACAAGUUAAUUGUACGCGAGCAAGAUGUGUCCAAUAUGGCCGCUGCACCUGAUUGUCAUCUACCUGCUGGUGCUAUGUCCGCUGUGGGUGCUGUGCCAGGCGGCGCCCGACCUGCUGGCGAGCUUCUCCGCGGAGACCUUGGAGAUGCACAUGGAUGACACCUACGACGUCUACGUCAACGUGUCAGGGUCUGAUCUUCAAGCAAAGGACCAAUUCGCAGUGAGAACGCAGAUACCGCACGUGGCCACGGCAGAAUUCUUCAACAGGGACAAUCUGACGGACGAACAGUUCGAUAACAGGCUCUUUGAAGGACAACUCAAGGUCAAGUGCCACUUUUUAGGUAGAACAGAUCUAACGGUGGAAGCGCGUCGGAACGGUUCCCUUUUCCCCAUAAGAAAUGGGACCAUUCAGCUCGUAGUGAUACGACCCGUGCGAGUGAUCGACACCGUCUUUACUACCAGUGUUGCUGUUUUUGUGUCCCUGAUCUUCAUAAACUUCGGUUGCGCGAUGCAUUGGCCCACGGUGAAGGCCUGCUUCAAGAAGCCCAUAGGUCCUGCCAUCGGGCUGGCUGGACAGUACUUGUUUAUGCCGCUGAUAUCAUUCGGCCUCGGUUUUCUCAUAUUUCCCGACUCGCCAGCCUUGCGCCUGGGAAUGUUUUUCUCAGGUGUUUCUCCCGCGGGGGGAGCUUCCAACAUCUGGACCUUCAUCCUCGGGGGAAACCUGGAUCUCUCCCUGGCCAUGACUUCCAUAUCCACUUUGGCUGCGUUUGGUCUGAUGCCAGCGUGGCUAUUCACCCUCGGCCAAGUGGUGUUUGCCAACGCGAACAUCGUGGUGCCAUACUUCCGUAUCGGCAUGUUCGUCAUUGGCCUGUUCAUCCCACUCGCGAUCGGUCUGGCGAUGCAGAGGCUCACGCCGAAGAUAUCCGCCUUCAUGGUGCGGAUCCUGAAGGGCUUCUCGACCCUGCUGCUGCUCUUCAUCAUCACCUUCGCCAUCGUCACCAACCUGUACAUCUUCGAGCUGAUGACAUGGCAGAUCCUAGUAGCGGGUAUGGGCGUACCCUGGCUGGGUUACCUAGCUGGCUACUCGGUCGCGCGUAUCUUCCGGCAACCACACCGCGACGCGCUGGCGAUCUCCAUCGAGUCUGGCAUCCAGAACACUGGCAUCGCGAUCUUUCUGCUGCGCUACGCGCUGCCGCAACCUGAGGCUGACAUUACUACAGUGGUUCCAGUGUCGAUAGCAAUUAUGACGCCAGGUCCAAUGAUCUGCAUAUUCAUAUACCAGAGGAUCAAAGCAUGCUGGGGAUGUAAGCCAUCAAAAACCGGAACGCCGCCGACGCCAAGAAAAUCGUGGGAGACGACUGUGACGUCACUCCAGUAUCCGAGACCACUCAGCCCGGCCUCGUCGCUACCAUUGAUAGCAAAUAAACAGGACGAGAAUUGGUCUUCAUCUUCGUAACCAUAUCAUCAUAUUCUGCUCAGAAGAACAAAGUUUUCAUACGUUAUUUUCUAAGGAUAUUUUUUAA